AUGGAAGAGAAAGUUGAAGCGCCUGCAGCAGCUUUGCCCGGAGGAUCCAGUGCCCAAGUCUCCCAGGGCACGCAGACUGAAGACGCCGAGCAGCCCGAAAGCAUGUCGGAAGGAGGUGCUCCGAAAACAGCCCCCGAAGGGGAGGAAGGUCCUGCAGGAGAUCCAGCAGGAGCUCCGUCCAGUGGCCUGGAGUUGGCUUUGCUGGACGGUCCUGGCGCUUCCAGGACGCUGGAGCCAGAGGCAGAGGAGCCGAAGGGAACUGGGAAGGGCAGCGAACAGGACGAGGACGGUGACCCAAACGUCCAGCAGAAGAUGGAGCUCCAGAUUUUGUCGACCGACGGCCACCAAGAGGAAAGCACCGAAUCGCUUCGCCGGGCAUCUGCUCCGUUGGGCAGCGGCGAUCUUGGGGAUGAGCCACUGGAGGAGGGGAAGAUGGCGUGGGAGAAUCUCCCGGCCGAAGACUGGAAAGAGGGGGAGACCCGGGCCCAGCUUCCCCAGGACAGCGGCGUCUCACUUCGCCGACCAUCUCUCCCGGCCAGCGGCGAUGAGGGGGUUCCACAGGAGGAGGGCUCUCUUGGCGACGCUUCGGCCUGGGCUUCGUCCGCGGAUGCCGAGCUCGACGUGUCCGAUGGGCGUCUACAAGAGUGGCUCCGGGCCGUCGCGGGGACCAUGGCAUCCAUGCGCGAGGAGUGCACCAGCGAGGCAGCGAGUUCCUGCGAAGAAGGCAGCCGCGUCCUCUUCCUCACGGCCGAGGCGGUACACGGGCAUCUCGGGUUUCGACUCACUGCACCACCAGGCCGUUUCGUCUACCGCUGCGAGGAGGGGUCUUGGGCCGAGCACGUGGGCCUGCAGCAAGGAGAUCAGUUGGUGCAGCUGCAGGGAGUGGACGUUGGCCUCCUGCCAAACGCCUUGCUGCAGAAAGCACUGGAGCGGCACCGCCCACUUGAGCUCACCUUUGCCAGAGGCUUCGGGCAGGGAGGCCUUGUGGAGGACAUCGCUGGGUCGCUCUCAGGCCUCCGCGCCCGAAGUCAAGUGCCCGAAGCGUCGCAGGUUGCAGAGACGCCGGAUGACAUGGCGGAGGACAGCCUGGACGCAGCCCUGCCGUGUCCACCAGACGCAGAGGAUGACAAGGCGCUGGCGCUUGCAGCCGUGCAGAAGAACUGUGACGUCUUCCCUCUGCUGUCCUUAGCCAUGCGCUAUGACCGGGAGAUCACCUUGGAGGCCGUGCGGCAGAAGGGAGCCCUGCUGGAGUAUGCCUCCCCUUCACUGCAGGCAGACAGAGAGGUCGUCCGCACGGCCCUGACGCAAAGCGGCGCGGCCCUCCGCUUCGCGGCCCCGGCUCGGCGCCGGGAGCUGGCGAUGGUCCGCCGGGCCGUAGCGACGACCCCAGACAUCUUCCCCUUCUUGCCUGCGGAUCUCAAGGCGCGACGUGAGCUCGCAGCCUUGGCAGUGGCGCGAGACGGCAUGUUGCUGUCGGCAGCUCCCGCCUUGCAAGAUGAUAAAGACAUCGUCUUGGCAGCUGUCAAGCAGAAUCCGGCUGCACUUCAAUUUGCUUCCGCUUCUUUGAGAUACGACAAGGACAUCCUGAGCUUGUGCCUUCACGCACCGGAAUGA